AUGUCUUCAGUUAUUGAUAAAUAUAAGCGUAAAAAAAAAGAAACACAAGCAGCGAAUAAUACUAAUACUCCAUCAACGGAUGUUGGAGUUAUUCGAAUUGGUCAUUAUAUUCUGAAUGAAACCCUUGGAACUGGAAGUUUUGGCAAAGUUAAAAAAGCUUAUCAUCAAUUGACAAGACAUACAGUAGCGAUUAAGAUAGUUAAUCGUACAAAAAUAAAACAAUUAGAUGUGGUCGGAAAAAUUCGAAGAGAAAUCCAAAAUUUAAGACUUUUUCGACAUCCACAUAUCAUUAAAUUAUAUCAAGUAAUAAGUACACCAACAGAUAUAUUUAUGGUUAUGGAAUAUGUUUCUGGUGGAGAAUUAUUUGAAUAUAUUGUUAAAAAAGGGAAAUUAACUGAAGCUGAAGCUCGACCGUUUUUUCAACAAAUAAUAUCAGGUGUUGAUUAUUGCCAUAGACAUAUGGUGGUUCAUCGUGAUCUUAAACCGGAAAAUCUUCUUCUUGACGAUGCAUCUCAUGUUAAAAUAGCAGAUUUUGGUUUAUCAAAUAUGAUGAAGGAUGGUGAGUUAUUAAAAACAUCAUGUGGCUCACCGAAUUAUGCUGCACCUGAAGUUGUCUCUGGAGAACUUUAUGCAGGACAAGAGGUCGAUAUAUGGAGUUGUGGAAUUAUACUGUACGCUUUACUUACAGGAACUCUACCUUUUGAUGAUGAUAAUGUGCAAGUAUUAUUCAAAAAGAUUCGAUCUGGCAUUUUUCCAGUUCCUGAUUAUUUAAAUCCAUCAGUAGUGGAUCUUCUUCAAAAAAUGUUAACAGUUGAUCCUGUUCGUCGUGCAACAAUAAAAGAAAUUCGAGAACACGAAUGGUUUAAAGUAAAUUUACCUGAUUAUCUGUUUCCAAAAACGUGUGAAGAAGGUACAAAUAUAAUUGAUCUUGAUGCAAUACAAGAAGUUUGUGAGAAAUUCGGCGUAACUGAAACGGAAGUUCAAGAUGCAUUAAUGAUCAAUGAUCGUCACGAUCAACUUGUUAUUGCUUAUCAUUUGAUAAUUGAUAACAAACGAAUAUGGAAUGAAGCUCGAAAAGUUGAAAUAGCAGAUUUCUUUGCAGCAUCAAGUCCACCACAUUCAGCAUUUUUAUCAAUGACUCCAAAUUCUUCGUCUGGUCGUUCGCCUUCACCAUUUUUUCAAAAGCCAGUUUAUCUUACACAGAAAUCAACACCAGUUCGUUCUCAUCCAGAAAAAAUGCCAGCUUUAAAAGAUUUAAGUGUAACAUUGGAUCCAAUCGAUACAAAUAGUUCACAAUCAAGUUCUUCUCAUAAUAGAAAACUAUCUAGUUCAGCAACACCACCACCAACAACAGCCGGCACUGGAGCUGCAUCAUUGAAAAAAGCGAAAUGGCAUCUAGGAAUUCGAUCUCAAUCAAAACCGCAAGAUAUUAUGAAUGAAGUUUUUAAAGCAAUGAAAGAAUUAGGAAUGGAAUGGAAAUAUUGUAAUAAUAGUAUGUAUAGUCUACGGACUCGUCGAAAAGUGAACAAUACAAAUCGACAUGUUAAACUGGGUCUUCAAUUAUAUCAAGUUGAUCAUCGAUCUUAUUUACUUGAUUUUCGUAAUUUAAAUACAAAUGCUGAUCAUCUUAAUGAUCCAUCAACAGAACUUCCAGACGACGAUGACACGGAAAAUGUUCAACCAAAUCGUUCAUCAAGCUGGGAUUUCACAGAUAAUGAAAAUGAAGUUAUAUCUGAUGAAGGUGUAUCAGAAGUGAUGGAGUUUUUCGAAACGGCUGCUAGUCUUAUUCGUACAUUAGCACCCGAUGCAGUUCCAAAAACAAUUCAGCCAGCUUCUGCAGCCUCUUCCUGA